AUUAAUUAAAAAGAAAAAGAAUGUUAAGAACCGGGCCGAAGGCGUUGUUGCCAGGCCCAAUAUUCAUAUAUAAUACACAACCCUAGCUAGGGUUUUUCCGAGAGUCAGAUUCGCUCGCCUUGCUUCGCCACACAACAGCAACUGCAGCAAUGGCUCCCAAACGAGGUGGAAAGGCUCCGGCUCUUGCCGCUAAGAAGAAGCCUGAGAAGGUUUCGAAUCCGUUGUUCGAGAAGCGUCCAAAGCAGUUCGGAAUCGGAGGGGCGUUGCCUCCGAAGAGAGACUUGACUCGGUUCGUGAAGUGGCCAAAGAAUGUUCAAAUUCAGAGGAAGAAGAGGAUUCUGAAGCAGAGGUUGAAGGUUCCUCCAGCUUUGAACCAGUUCACCAAAACUCUUGACAAAAACCUAGCAACAAGUCUGUUCAAGUUACUUCUGAAAUACAGGCCAGAGGACAAAGCAGAAAAGAAGGAGAGGCUCUUGAAAAGGGCUCAGGCAGAGGCUGAAGGCAAAACCGUUGAAGCUAAGAAGCCCAUUGUUGUGAAGUAUGGUCUCAACCAUGUUACCUACCUCAUUGAGCAGAACAAAGCACAGCUUGUUGUGAUUGCUCACGAUGUGGACCCAAUUGAAUUGGUUGUCUGGCUUCCUGCAUUGUGCAGGAAGAUGGAAAUUCCGUACUGCAUUGUGAAGGGAAAGGCCCGCUUGGGAACGGUUGUCCAUAAGAAAACUGCAUCUGUUUUGUGCUUGACAACUGUUAAGAAUGAAGAUAAAUUGGAGUUCAGCAGAGUUUUGGAGGCUAUCAAGGCUAAUUUCAAUGACAAAUAUGACGAGUACAGAAAGAAAUGGGGUGGUGGAAUCAUGGGAUCCAAAUCUCAAGCGAAAACCAGAGCAAAGGAGAAGCUUCUUGCCAAGGAAGCUGCUCAGAGGAUGAAUUAGGAGGAGUUUCUUAUAUCUUGUUGCUUUGCGAAUGCUAUUAAGUUUGUUUUUUAAUGUACUCUUUUAAUUAUUGUCUUCAUAAAAACAUUUGUUAUUCACAUGAGCUAGAGUAUUUCGCUAAAAUCUCCUGCCGACUGUUCCAAUUCCUGAACCCUUGGAUUACUUUAAUUUUGGUAGUGGACUUUUUUCGGGUACUUUAUGAAGGAACUGCAUUAGGAUGCAGUUGCAUCCAAUUUUUUAUA